AAAUGCCUUUUGAAGACAAUGCAGACUGAUCCUCACUGGAAAAUCAAGGCCUUUGCCAUCAGAGCAUUGGGCCAAAUAGGCCAUGUUAGCCCCCUGCUGAAACAUCUUCUUCUUUGGGCUAUUCACUAUGAGGAGGAGCCAGGAGUACGAAAGGAGGCCUGUCGUGCCAUUGUCACCCUCCACUUGCAGGACGAAAGUGUUCAGGCCACCUUAUUGGAGAGAGUGAUUCUGGAGCCAAAUGAGAUGGUCAGAGAGGAAAUGAAUCGAGCUAUGAAGGCUCUCAACUUUCAACAUAAAGAGGAUCAGAAAACAGUUGAGAAAAUCAAGAAUGAGAUUUCCAGCCUCAGCCAAAAGGCAUUGGUGACCCAGAAACUGCUGAAACUUGAAGAGAUUAUAGACCAUCUGUGGCAGAAAGCCAAUCGAAUCUAUCAUGCGGAGGAGCAUAGCUCUGACUACAAGGAUAUACUGAAAAACCUGAGGGCUGCUCUUGAAUCCACUUCCAUUGGAGAAAGCUAUUCUUCCACCACAGUGACUUCCAAGAUUGGGACCCCCAAUUCAGGUUUACCAGUAUGUGCAAGUACUAUGUGGAAACUCCACCAAGUCCCUGGACAUGGAAAGCCGUCUUCCUAUCACUUGAAUCUCACCACAAUGAACAGGCAAUCCUGUAGCAGUAAGGAGUCAAUUCCAGCGGAAAAGGGACAACCCUCAUUGUCACUUUGUAGGUAGAAGAAACCAUCUGACUUCUUUGACCAAUAUCAAGCGACUAGAGAAUUCCCUAGAAUGACUCUCACUGUCUUCUGCAGGACAGAAAGUACAGGAAUUCUGACCAGUCCCCAAACUCAUGAAGACAUACUGCUAGACUUUGGCAGCUGUGAAUGACCUUGGACUGGAAGUGUGAAAUAUCUCUUGAUAACUGGAUUGUUUUGUGAGUUGUUUCUCCAUAAAGUUGCCUUGCUCUCAGCAGACGUUUUAUAUGGAGAUCUUUUUUACUAAUAAUGUUAGUAUGUCUCUCACUGGAGAAGGAUAAUAAUGGGAUAUUGUUUAUUGGACAAACAAGUCUGAUAGUGGAUAUACAUUACAUACAAGCUUAGAGGCUAAAACAUUUCUUUCCUCAAACCUGUUUAGGAUAGUUCACUAUAAAGGAAUCACAUACCUUACUAAGAGUACUUCUUGAGAAUGAAUGAAAAUGAACGUUGUCCACAUACUAUUUAAUUAAAAUGGGUAGGUGAGAUUAAGGACCAGCAGGUACACAUCUAAAGCACAAGAACGUAAUGUUAGGCCAGACGCAAGAUUCCUGGGAAGUGUAAAAUCUUGGUAUGUAGCUAGAAUGACUGCAUUCUAUUUAGUGGAUGUUUUUGUUCAGAUGGGUUUCAGAAGGAGAUUCUAAAUGCAGUUGGCAUAAAGCCUUUUGGAAGUACCAAAAGGAAGUACUAUGCCUUGGAAGUACCAAAAGGAAGUACUAAAAGAUGGUGCAGUA